AUGGAUUGGAAUAAUCUUCCUCAAGACCUCGUGGAUUUGAUACUAUCGAAGGUGUUCGCUAAAGACAGACAUAAUUUCAGCCUAGUGUGUCGAUCCUGGAACACAGUUGUCGCAGCUUCACCGUUUCGUCAUUCGCCAUGUUUAAUGUUCAACCAAAGGAAGAAAAAGCAUGUAUGGAAAUUAUCUCAGAACAACAAUUUCUUCUACAUGGAAUUCCCCGAACUCCAAGGCGGAACAAUACGCUUCGCUAAUCAUGGGUGGUUGUUGAUAUCUCGAGGUGAUGACGAAACUCUUUUUUUCUACCAUCCUUUCAACCACCAUAUGAUUGAAGUGCCCUCACCUAGCGAUUCGAAUUGUGCCGGCUACACUACCAUCUGCUUCUUUCACCCACCGACUUCUCCAGAUUGUUUUAUAGUUGGAAUCGCCACCCAAAUAGACGUGGGUUAUGAUACAGUGGAUAUAGGGGUUCUUAAACACGGAGAAAACAAGUGGGAAAAUUGUACUUACCAAUCUCAAAAAUUUCAAUCGUCCAUUGGUCCUCCGAUUUUGCAUGGUGGUUUAUUGUACUUCUUGGAUAUUGAUGGAGAUGUGGCAACAUUUGAUAUAAGGGAACAUGGCUCGCUAUCUUCGUGGAAAGUCUUCCCCGAUUGUCUCCCCAAGUGUCCCCCUAAGUGUCUUGAGAAACAUUGGAAUCGUAAAUGUAUUAAAGAGCAUUAUUUCAUUAAACCUAAAGGCGAGGAAACUAUUUUUGGUGUAUUUGCCAUGCACGGGGAAAGAGAGGUCAAAAUAUUUAAGUUAUCAGACACGAUUUCAUGGGAACCGGUUAAAGAUAUAGGGGACAGAGUAUUUUACGUGAGCAACACUUCGUCUUUCGGGUAUACAACUGAUGCGAAGAGCAAAAGCAUGAAGAACAAGAUUUUCUUGUCGAAAUUCCAUGGUGAUAAUGUUGUUUACUACUCUUUAGAUACACAGAAGUAUCAUUCUUUUGAAGGGGACUAUUCAAGCAACAAUCCGCACGGUCUUAAAAGAUUGGACUUUGCAACUUGGAUUAUGCCGGGAUCGACUGAUUCACAAAUUCGAAAAGAAUCAUUGGAAUGGUAUCCAAAAUUAAGUUGA